AUGGCUUCAUUUCCUUUGGUAACAACUCUUUUAAUUUUAUUUCCCUUUCUUUUCUCAACUAUUGUUUAUGGUUACUCUCUAAGUUCCAUAAAAUCAUGGUGUAAUCAAACUCCUUAUCCUCAAACAUGUGAGUAUUAUUUAACCAACAAUGCUUACAACCAAACAAUUAAGAGUAAAUCCGACUUUUUCAAAGUUUCGCUUCAACUCGCGAUCCAGCGAGCACGAAAGGGCGAAGAGAAUACUCAUUCUCUCGGCCCCAAGUGCCGUAACGCGCAAGAAAAAGCCGCUUGGGCUGAUUGUCUUGAACUCUAUGACUUCACAGUCCAAAAGCUAACUCAAUCGACGACUCCGAAUUGCAAACAUACCGAUUCUCAAACAUGGCUUAGUUCCGCUUUGACGAAUCUCGAAACAUGCAAGAAUGGAUUUUAUGACCUAGGUGUCACAAACUAUGUCUUACCCUUGAUGUCAAACAAUGUAACAAAGUUGUUAAGUAACACCUUGGCUCUCAACAAGGUUCCUUACCAAAAACCUAGUUACAAAGAUGGAUUCCCAACAUGGGUUAAGCCCGGUGACCGGAAGCUUCUUCAAACAUCCUCGGCCGCCUCGAAGGCCAAUGUCGUCGUUGCUAAAGACGGCUCCGGCAAGUACACAACCGUGAAGGCGGCGACGGAUGCUGCGCCGAGUGGUAGUGGAAGGUAUGUGAUAUAUGUGAAGGCUGGUGUCUACAAUGAACAAGUUGAGGUCAAAGCAAAGAAUGUCAUGUUGGUGGGAGAUGGUAUUGGAAAGACUAUAAUCACUGGUAGCAAAAGUGUUGGAGGAGGAACCACUACCUUCCGUUCAGCAAGCUUUGCUGUGGUUGGUGAUGGAUUUAUUGGUCAAGACAUCACAUUUAGAAACACAGCUGGAGGAGCAAACCAUCAAGCUGUUGCAUUCCGUUCUGGCUCAGAUCUUAGUGUACUUUACAAAUGCAGCUUUGAAGGUUAUCAAGACACAUUAUAUGUUCACUCCGAGCGACAAUUUUACCGAGAAUGCAACAUCUACGGCACUGUCGAUUUCAUCUUCGGCAAUGCCGCAGUAGUGUUGCAAAGUUGCAACAUUAUGGCAAGAAACCCGCCACAGAAAACGAUCACGGUCACCGCUCAAGGGCGAACCGAUCCAAACCAAAACACCGGAAUAAUAAUUCACAACUCUAGGGUUACGGCCGCGUCUGACUUAAACCCUAGCUCGGUUAAGUCGUACCUCGGGCGACCGUGGCAAAAGUACUCAAGAACCGUUUUCAUGAAAACUUCUAUUGAUGGUUUUAUUAACCCUGCUGGAUGGUUGGAAUGGAGUGGUAACUUUGCUUUGGAUACUUUAUAUUAUGCUGAAUUUGGAAAUACAGGUGCCGGCUCUUCAACUUCCAAUAGGGUUUCAUGGAAAGGUUACCAUGUUCUCACUAGUGCUUCUCAAGCUUCACCUUUCACCGUUGGAAGUUUUAUUGCCGGUAAUUCGUGGUUACCGAGCACUGGCGUGCUGUUCGCCGCCGGUCUCUAG